UAAACAAACACCAAAUUAAGUUUCAAUGUUGAGUUUCUAAUAAGAGAUAAGUAUUUGAGUACAGUGGAUGGGAAGCAGUGUUGCCGGGGGACUGUUGUUGACGCCAGCCAUCACUUGGUCCCUGGCAGCCAUAUUGUGUCGUAUACGGAACUGUGAUCUUGUUUUCAUUUAAACAGUUAUGUGGUGACCCAGUUAUCUACAACUGAUCCGUAAGGAUGUCGGUGCACUACAAAUUUAAGUCUGCGGUGGAGUAUGACACCUUGCCGGUGGAUGGUGUACAUAUCAGCUUGGAGGACCUGAAAGAGGCAAUUAUUCAGCAGAAGAGACUUGGACGUGGACAACCAUAUGAUUUGCAGAUAACCAAUGCAGAGACUAAGGAAGUGUACACGGAUGACAAAACGCUUAUCCCUAAGAACUCCUCUUUAAUCGUUGCGAGGGUGCCCAUCGAUCCUUCCCAGAUGAAGAGACCAUGGGAGAACAAGGAAUCAACGGCCCUGCUGUUAUCCAACCCAUCAAACCUGAUGAACACAGAAGAUGCUGCUGAAGCUGCCGAAAUUGACAGAAAGAUUAAAGAGGUGACGGACCUGACCCGGAUGGAUGGCAGUGAAAAUGACAAGAUUAACGCUAUGGUCGCACAAUCUACAAUGGCUUAUCACCCAUCAAAAUAUGUAAAACUUCGAAUCAGCAGAAUGAUGGGGUCUGUCCCUUUGGAUUAUAAGUGCUACAAGUGCCAUCAGAGUGGCCACUGGGUUAGCAUGUGUCCACUUAAUAAUCAAGACUUACGUAAGAGCACUGGCAUCCCAUCCAAGUUCUUGGUGGAGGUGAAUGACCCGAGUGUUCCUGGUGUUAUGAUCAAUGCAUCAGGAAAAUUUGUUCGUCUGCUUGAUAUGGGUAAACCGGAUAAAGAAAGAGGUGCUCCACCUCCUGGGCGACCGCCACCUCCGGAAGAAAUUGUGUGUUCUAUUUGCAAGGAGCUGUUAAGGGAUGCUGUUCUCAUCCCAUGCUGUGCUACUGCUUUUUGUGAUGACUGUAUUCGCAAUCAUCUUUUGGAUUCUGAAGAAACAAGGUGCCCUUCCUGCGAUAAGGAGGGAAUCAGUCCAGACACACUUAUCCCAAAUCGUUACCUCCGCAUCAAAGCUACUCAGUUUGAAAAUGGAUGGGAUAUUAUUGAUAAAAAACUAGAAAAAGGUGCAACAGAACCCUUGUCUUCCAUCCCUCCCUAUAUGGUGAACACGAGCAACACACCCACACCUCCUCGGAGCCCUGCUAGAUCCUCCAGCCCAGUUAAUGUUAAAACAUUAGAUCAGACAUCUAACAUAGCACCUAUCCAUCCAGUCAGCCCGUCCAGGCCCAACAGUGCUGAGGAGCCUAUAGAAAAUGGAGGAGACUCUGACAAAGAAAAUAUUGUAGAAAAGGAAGAAAUUAUGGCUCCUGAAGUACUGAGUGAAUCUAUAGAGGAAGGUGACCCUCCAAUUGAAGGGAAGGAGAUCCAAGACGAAGAGCACCAUCAAGAAGGAGAAGACCAUAGUCCGAUGCAAACUGUUGUUGAACCUGUAAUAGAAGUAGAAGGAAAACACAAGAAGAGCAAAAAGAAGAAAAGCAAACGUAAGGCCAGCAGACAUGAAUCUGAGGAAGAGAAAGAAGGAAAGGAAGGUAGAAAAAGAAAGGAGAGGAGGCACUCACACAGAAGUCAAGAAGCAAAAUCAGCUGAUACAGAAAAAGGAAUGAUCCAUGAUGUACACAAUGAGGCAGUGUUAAGUGUCGAAUGUAAAGGAGAUGGAAUGGAAGAAUCAUGGGUUGGCAGUAGACUAAACUCAGAGAGUGUAAAGAGUAGGAGCAAAAGUAGAAGCAGAAGCAGAAGCAAGAGUAUUGAGAAAGAAAGUAAAGAGCUUAGUGGAAACCGCUUUGAUAAUAUUGUACCUUUUGACCCCACUGUACCACCGCCUGGUGCCUUUGUCCAGUCACCACCUAAGGAAACUCCCUUCUAUCCUGUACCUUCCACAUUUGCUACUGCAGGUCCACCCAACCGUGCACCUCCUGUAGCAGUUCCUACAACACGGUAUCCUGCCUUUACUCCUGGUGGGCCAUUCCCAACAAGUAUAGGGACCUCACUUCCCACUACCACUGUGGUGUCAUCAAGUCAUGCUGGAGUUGUACAGGAGCAGCACAUACCAGCAGGGCCCCUUCAUGUGGGUUCACCUGACCUCUCAGUACCCCCUCCAACAUUUGGAAACCCUGCACCUGGCUACUCAGGUCAUCCUCUGCCUUAUAAGGAAUUUGAACCAAUUGAUGAUCCACUCACCCUCUUCAACAAACAUCUACGGGAAAAAGAUGAAAGGGCACGAAGGUAUCGCAAAAGCAGAUCCAGGUCCCCACGUUCCAGGUCUCCUCCACACCGUUACCAUUCUAGAUUAAGGUCACGGUCACCCCGCCGAUCCUGGUCACGUUCCCGCUCCCGCUCAAGAUCACGGAGCAGAGUAAUUGGCUCAGGAGCAAGGUCGCCUCGCUCUCCAAUAAGGCACAAGUGGAGCCGCACACCACCCAGAGGCCUUGGAUCGUACCGAUCACAACGCUCACCUUCAUUUUCCAGAGAACGCUCAAUUUCAAAUCAUUCAUUAUCUUUAAGCAGAACACCGAGCCCAAACCGAAGGACAAAGUCAUCUCCACUGCUUGUGCGACCUGUGCUGCCACUUUCAGACACACGGUCACCAUUAAGGACACCAGUAGAUUAUGGAAUCCCGAGAGAGUAUGAUCGGUACAUGAAUCCUGAAGAAUACCAGUCCCCUUUCAUAAUGGCUGGUAAUCCAUGGGACCCUCAUGGAAGGUAUGAUCUUCAAGGACAUGGACAUGAGAACUUCAGAGGAGACUUUCAAGAUUCAAGGGGUCGUGGCAAUAGAGGUCGUCGUGGUAGAGAUCGAGGAGGUUUUCGGCAAGGUGAAGACUUCCGUUUUGAGCAGCAUACUCAAGAGCCCAGACAUCCCUAUGACAGGUCACAACCUCCACGUGAUGAUCGGCGGGGGUUGAUUGGAGUUGUACCGGUACCUUGGGAAAGAGAAGACAAUAGGCGUGGUUAUGACCUAGAUAUUGGAAGAAAUGAACGAGGCGGAAGGAUACAGGAUGGAGAGAGAAGACGCUUUGGAGAUUUACGAGACUCGGGAAGAGAUUUUGAGGAAAUCAGAUCUAGAAGAGAGAGGGAUGUGAAAGAAGGUAUCAGGAGGCAUGAGGAUGACUCAAGCCACAAAGCCUUUGAAGAAGAUGAUUGGAGAAGAUAUCCUGAUGUUGAUAGGAAAAGAAUAGAUGAUGAUGAUGAAAAACAUAGACAUUUUGAUGGAAGAAGAGGCCCUGGAGAUGGUAGGAGUGAUCCCGAAGAUACACACAGACUUUCUGAAGCAGAUCGUUAUGAUGACUACAAGAGAUUCAAUGCUGCAAGGAAAGAAGGAGAUGGAAGAAGAGAUGAGGUUGCCAGAAAAGAGAAUGACUCAAGGAGGGCCACUGAGGGUUCCCGAAAGGACAUAGAUGACAGCAGGCAUGGACGUCAUGAUACAAAGAGGGUUGAUGAACGUGACCGUGAUGGGAAGUUUAAGGCAGGGUCUCAUCACCGGGAAGUGACACCACAAGAUGAGGCAUUUAUAGGCAAAUCACAUGAUUCUCCAGGCAAAACUUACAAAAAAUCCCCCGUAAGAGAUAGAAGAGAAAGGGAUAUAGAAAGACGAGAUAGAGAUAUUGAUAGAAGGGAAAGAGAUGGAGAUAGAAAAGAUAACUUUAAAAGAGAGAGAGAGACUGGAGACAGAAGAGAUCGAGACUAUGAUCGAAGAUCUCGAGAUUUAGACAGGAGAGAAAGAGAUGGCGAUAGAAGAGAUAAGGACUUGGAUAGAAAAGAAAGAGAUCCUGAACGAAGAGAGAGAGAUUCACAAAAGGGUGAAAAAGAUCAUGAAAGAAAGGACAGAGUAGAUGAAAGUAGAAGAGAAAGAGAGACCAGAAGAGACAGGGAUGGAGACAGAUCUGUUCGCACCUCACGCUGGGACAGAAGUGAUUCAAGAUUGGAGAGGGACAAGGAAAUGGAUAAAGGAAGAAGUGAGAGGCACAAAGGAAGGUCACAAGAGAAGGAUGAGAGGAGUAGAAGUUAUCUCAAUGAAGAAAAAGAUGAAAAGAGGAAGAAUAAACAAAAGGAUGAGAAGUUAGACACUCAAAAUAAUAAGGAAAAAGAAAAUGUUAAUAAAGAUGCUGAGAGUAUUAACAAAUUAGAGAAGAAGAAGCACGAUAAAAAGAAAAAGAAAAAAGAAAAGCGCCGGGCUUCUCAGGCAUCAACUGAGGCAUCUCAGGCUGAAAUAUCUGGGGAUGAAGGAGAAGAUAAAAAGAAAAAGAGGAAAAGGGAUAAAAGAAAGAAGGUGAAGGGCCAAGUAAGUGAGGGUGGUAAAGAUGUGGAUGUUGAAAAUGAAACUUUAGAAGUAACUAAGAAAUCUGACGUAGAGGCUGAACCCCCAUCAACAGAAGUACCUGAUGAUAAUACAACACCCAAUAGGGAGAAAGAUUGGGACAUCACAAAUCAAUAUGAAGGAGCUCUUGACACGGAGACAACAGCCAAAGAAGUGUCUUCACCAUUGCCACUUCCCCAGUUGUCAAAGUGGGAGAGGGAUGAGGAGGUGUCUGUAACACCAAAGGGAUUAACCGAAAAGAAAGCACCAGAAGAAGAAAGAAAGGUCACUGUUGAUAUAAUUAAACGUGCAGAACAUGCAAUAUUUUCUGGGAGAGGGUUAGCUCCUCGAAAAGUCUUUCUGGACACCCAAAAACAGAAGGAAAUUGAUGAAAGAAGUCCAACUCCAGACUGGGAUCGCACAGAGUGGCGAGAGGCAAAAAGACGUGGCCCGUCAAUUCAGAUAACCAUAUCCUCAAAGACUGAAUCCCAGAUAGGGCGUCCAAGAGGAGGAAGGUCUGCACCAUCAAGCCCAGAAAGGUUAGAUGAUCGGAGAUUUGCAUCAAAAUCAAAACGUCUUCCAGAGAAUGAGGUAAAAUCUGAGAGACACUCAAGACUCGGUAAGAGGUCCCCUAGUCCCAGUGAUGCACAUAGUACUAUUAAGAGUAGAAGAAAGAGUGAAAAGGAUGAGAAAUCUCAUGAUAAUGAAGAGAAAAAUUUAAUUCCUAGUCAGAACAAUGCUCCAAGUAGACAGCAAAAGAAUAUAUCUCCUGUACCUGAGGACCACUCAAACACAUGUGAUGAACCCAAGGAACUAAGUCAAGAUUUAAAAGUGUUAGAAAAGUCCACUGAAGAUCAAAGUGACAUUAGUGAUCAGAAGGGCUUGAAGAAAGCAUUAUCCACUGAUGAAGACCCAGAGGCAAAGACAGUAAGAGAAGGUGGGAGUCCUUCAGUUGAAGAACAAGCCGAUCAAGAGAGUUUCCCUGACACACAAACUUUAACUUCAGCCACUGAAUUUAUUGAUGAAUCUACUAGUUCUGUUGCAAAAGUAGAAUCAUAUGUAGAGGAAGACGGUGGAACCCCGAGUGUAGAGGAAAGUAACAUGAAAUCCAUUAAUGAAGAAAAGUUGGACAGUAUUGUAAUGGCUCCACCACCAGCUGUCAAAGACCCAGAGGAACUAGAGGAGGGGGAGAUCCAAACAGAUACAUCAAGUGAAGGUGUUCAUGCUGGAGAACCUGUAACUGAGGUUCCUCCACCUACUGAAGUAGUUGAAGCUGUUAUAGAAGAAGCUGAUCCACCAAGGCAAGAGGAAAAGGCACACAGAUAUUCUCCAAUUCGUGUCCCAACUCCCAUGUUGGGAAUCCAAGUGAAGGAAGAGGUGAAGGUCAAAGAGAAGAGUAAGAAGAGGAAAAAGAGGAAGAGAUCAUCUAGCACCAGUUCCAGUAACAGUAGUAGUUCCUCAAGCAGUAGUAGUAGUGAAGAUGAAGAGAUCAUCAAGAAGAAGAAGAGAAAAAAGAAGAAGAAGAAGGCAGCUGAUACUGAUUCUAGUGAUGCAGAAUCUAAAAGUAAGCACAAGAAGAAAAAGAAAGAUAAGAAGAAAAAGAAGAAAAAAGACAAGAAGAAGAAGAGUGAAAAGUGAAUGAAUGCAUAAUUAUUGUUUUAAGUAAAACCAAAGAUAACCUACAAACCAUUUUUUUUUUAUUAUUAUUAUUUUGGGGGGAACUAAAGAACAGUUUCCCAAGCAGUUUAAGAGGAGUUUUAAAAGUUUGUAAACAUAAGUAAUAAUAAACAGUACUCUUUAUUUUCAUCUCAAAUUUGUGUUGUGGAUAUUUUGUUUUAAAUACUCUACAUGUAUUAUAUACAUGUAACUAAAUAACUAGUGUUGUAAUUAUUUUGUAAAGUAAUAUCUGUGUUGGUAUUGUGGUAUUUUGUAAAUUAGCCUAGUGUAAAUAAAAGGAUUACUAUCUA